UCCUGCCUGAAACAUCGCGGAGUUUCCUGCUGUUCAGUGUUUUGGUGGAAGCGGCAGCAGCAGAGCCGUGGAGGCAAGUCCAAGAAAGGUGGAGACUCCUGGUGAACUUCCUGCACCGUACUCUAGAAGCACCACCAAGAGAGAAGUGGGGAGGCUGCUGCUGGGGCAAGGGCGAAUGGAUAUACGGCUCACUUGACUCAUUUUUCGUCUGCGAAUCGACAAAAAACACACUUUGUGGUCUACUGUAGCCUGCACACAUCUACCUGGCUGUAGCUAGCUAGCAGCGCGCCUGCUGGAUACGAGAUUCCCAACGUUUGAUAGCGACGCGGUGCGAAGGACAGGAAUGGAGGUUGUGGUGGAGUAUGAUUACGAGGCAAUCCACGAAGACGAACUGACUCUGCGCCUGGGCGAUAUCAUCAAGAAUGUCCGCUACAUAGAGGAGGAUGGCUGGAUGGAGGGGGAUCUCAACGGGAAACGGGGCCUCUUCCCAGACAACUUUGUCAAGGAAGUGAAAAAGGAUUCCAAAGAGGUCAAGGAAACAAAAAGUGAGCCAAAAGAAGAGAUGUCUCAGCCUGUGAGGAGAGAGAAGAGCGCCGGGAACGUAGCCAACCUGGUUCAGAGGAUGAGCACCAUCGGCAUCCCGACCGGAGGCUUCCUGCCUCAACCGCCAGCACCCGCAAAGAAGCCCAAGAAGAGGCAGUGCAAGGUGAUGUUUGACUACCAGCCGCAGAACGAGGACGAGCUGGAGCUGAAAAUCGGAGAGAUUAUAGACAUCAUCGAAGAGGUUGAGGAGGGCUGGUGGAACGGCUUCUUUAACGGCAAGUCGGGACUCUUCCCUUCCAACUUCGUCAAAGAGCUGGACGCCACGGGAGAAGACGGAGAGUCCAACGACACAGCCGCAGACGAGACCGAUGGAAGCGGCAUAGAAAGCACAGCCACUCCAACGUCACCUCAACCAACCUCAGGGAACGGAGUGAUCGCCCAGCCCAAGAAGAUCCGAGGCGUCGGUUUCGGAGACAUUUUCAGAGAAGGGUCGGUCAAACUAAAGGCCCGACUGCCCAGCCCUGAAACAGAGGAGAAGAAGGAGAAACCAAUCCCAUCAUUACCAUCUGCUGCAAAGCCCGCCCAUUCCAACAUGACAGACUCGCAGAGAGCAGACGGAGAGGGCAAAUCCAAAGCUAAAGAGUACUGUAAGGUCACCUUUGCUUUUGAGGCCACGAACGAGGACGAGCUGAGCCUGAAAGACGGUGAAAUCAUACACGUACUGAGCAAAGACACAGGAGAGCCCGGCUGGUGGCGAGGGGAGAUCGGGGGAAAAGAAGGCGUCUUUCCUGACAACUUUGUCACUUUGAUUUCAGAAGCAGACAAAGAGACUCCCACAUCAAGAGGGUCAGUGAAAUCGUCUUCUAAACAAGAAUCAGAGGAGAAACCGAAGAAGCCACCUCCACCAUCAAAAAGCAUAGCUCUCAAGCCAGAGGUUCCCAGCGCCGACAAGAAGCCUCAUCCCAUCAGGCCAGAGGAAAGAGUUGACAAGCCUACGCCAGAUCAAAAACCAUCCAAGCCUGCAGCGCCAGUGGUCCCGCCUAAGAAGCCAGUCCCCCCUCCAGGCAAAGGCAGACCCGGAAUCCUCCCACCAAAGAGGCCUGACAAGCCUCUCACUCCCUCGCCAAACCUGAAGCACAAUGGAGAGGUGCCUUCCACACGACCAAAGUCCGACUUCGAGCCAUCACUGCCCACCAAACCCAAAACGCUGUCUGGUGACUGGGGGGAGAAGUCAGAUAUGGAUCUGAUGAGUUUUGAUGAGUUGUCGUCGUCUACCUCGGAAAAGCUCUCUCACCCCACUGCUAACAGACCAAAGAUGCCUGGCAGGAGGCUGCCCGCCCAGUUCGGAGGAGGACAUUCGCCCAACAAGGAAGUAAACGUGGAGAAAUUCUUCAAGAUGGAUGAGGAGGAUGCAGCCAAACCAAAGCUAACAGAAGCCAGAAAGCCUUCAACAAACACCUUAUCCCAGUUGCCCUCACCCCACAGGCCCAGCGUGGCCGAGGCCAAGGCCAGCCCCGUUGCCCCUAACUCCAUCUCAGAUGGCGCAUCUCAGGCCAGAGAAGAGCCAGGCUCCCAGCUGGAGGAGCUCAGGAACCAGAUGAAGGAGCUGCUGCUGUCCGUGGAGCUGCUCAAGACCCAGCAAAUGAAAGAGAUAGCGGAGCUACGAGGAGAGCUGGAUGAGGAAAGGCUAAAGCGCAUAGCCCUGCAGACGGAGAUAGACAAACUGAAGCGGACUGUCCACUCAACGUGAAGUCCACGCUCCAAUCAACAGCAAGCCUCAAGGUCAGCCGCUGGCCUGUAGCCCAACCGGAGCGCUGGAGGAGGAGGGACGGGAGGGUGGCAGGGUCGGGCUGAUGUCUGAACGGGCAGAGAGAGAGAGAGAGAGAGGGUGUGUGUGUGUGUGUGUAGGGGGGAGGGGGCGUCAGAUUAACCACCUGGAGCACAAUCCUUUUUUCAGCGAUCUACAAAAAAAAUAAACUCCCCGUAUUUGUAAGAUUUACAAUUUUGCACAUAUAAUUGUUUUUUUUUUCAAGCUAGAUGUAAUUACAGAUGUAUAUGUUUCUCUUUUCUUUUUUUUCUUUUUUUUGCCAAUACAAAAAACUGAGGCCUUACUUCAAACUACUGCGCUGGAAGUUGCAACUCUUAGCGCUCACGCUCUCUCCCCUUCACUCCUGCGUUCCUCCAACUCCUCCCGGAGGAGGUUCGCUCUCAGUACUACUGACUUUAUAUACAAAGCAGGGGGCACUUCAUUUCUCCGCCUAAUUUUCCUUUCUCAUAUAUAUUUUUUUUUACGAUGCACAAAUAGUUGAUUUAAAAAAAAAAGAAAGAAAUGUGUUUGAUUUCAGUUAAACAUCUUCAGAUCCUCGCAGUGAGUAACUUUUUCUUUCCUGCCUGGCGUCAGCAGCACUCCUCUUUCAUCACUGCAGCGCCUCACAGAGCUCUGCUUUCUUUUUUCUUUUGUGCAUAUUUUUUCUAGCGUUCCUAUCCAGGGUAACACUACUGUGCCUGUUCAAAAAAAAGGAAAAAAAAAUCUAUCAAGUGUUUGUAAUGGGAGCUUACAUUUACCACGAUGGUGUCUGGAAAAUGUGCAGCAUGAUAUUGUAUAUCUAUAUUUUUUAAGUCUACUGACGUGUCUAGUCAAAUGCUAUAUAUAUAUAUUAUAUAUAUAUAGAGGGCCUCUUCUAUGCUGGUCUCUUCUAUUUUUGUCAAACAGUUUCACCUGCUGGGAAUGUUCUCAGAAGUUUAGCCACAUUUAGAGUCUGCAGGUAAUGCAGACCAAAGAAAAAAAGGCAGCAUUCUUCCUUUUAACAAAGUCACUGACCAACACAUUGACAUGUUUAUGAUCAUCUCUGCAACUUGCUUCCCUUUCUUGUAUUUUAACCCGGCGAUCGUCCCUCUUAUCCCCAGUCCAUUCUACCUCUUCCUGUCCUUCAUCCCACCCCUCGUUGAUUCAGAGUGAAUCACGUGAUCUGAGAGCAGCUGUCGUUUUUCUGCACGAGCCGGCACAGCACUCUAACCCUAACCCUGUUCUGUAUUGUACGUGUGUCCUUAUUCUUGUCCACAUCUCUUCCCACAUUCCAAGUACUAAGGUUAAGCUAACUGGAAGCAUGCAGUACAGUGCAGCAAUAAUAUUCUAAUACAAUCACAUCCUCCCUAUUUUAGCUUUGAUGAGCUGACAGUUAAAGCCCCUGUGUGCAGAACUUUUGUGUUUUUUUUCCCCUUUUUUUCUUAAUAGACAAUCUGACUACAGUCUGUGUCUACCAUACUGUCUCUUAAACCACACUAGGAGCAGGAGUCAAGAGAUGAUAAUUACAGUAAGGCUAUGAGUUUAUUGAUUGAUCCACUGCUUUGGUUCAGAAUAUGAUUCAUGGUCCCAGAAGGAUGAACCUUAAUGUGUGUGUGUGUGUGUGUGUGUGUGUGUGUGUGUGUGUGUGUGUGUGUGUGUGUGUGUGUGUGUGUGUGUGUGUGUGUGUGUGUGUGUGUGUGUGUGUGUGUGUGUGUGUGUGUAAAAGGUCAAAGUUUUCACUUAUCCAGUUAAAAUAUGUCAACACAUAAUCAUUAACAGACACUCAAAAAAUAUUAGACAUUGAACUUUCUACAGUUUUACAGUUGUUUUUGUUCAGAUUGAUAUCUUUAAAUAACUGCACAACUAAUGACAUUCCCAUCAGCCUCAGCUGUGUUUGCCUUCAGGGCUGAUUAGCUUCUUCUUUUCUUAGCAUGCUAGAAAGCUAAGGUACAAUGGUAAAAAUGAACCGCUGCACGUUAGCAUGUUAGCAUUGUAGCCCUACUGAUACUGGAUUUUUGAGGCUGAUAAAAAAAUCCCCCAAAAAACCAAAUCACAUUACAACAUGUUAGACAUUCAUUUUAACAGUUUUACAGUUGUUGUUUUUAAACAAUUGUGACCAGAUUCUAUUAUCUUUGCUAUCUAUUGUUACCAUGUAGCUUAAAGAGUUUAAGUGCAGCUGCUUAGCAUAGCUGUAGACUCUAGUUGUCUUUGGAACUACAUCUUGGAGUUGCCAAAUUCUAAAAUAAAAGUUAAAAUCCUACACAUAGGAUUAAGAUGGAGCAUGGACAGAAAAGACAAAUAGUUGCUUACUGUACUGUUCAGAACUGUUCAGAAACAUAGCAUUGAAAUGGGAGUUGUAGUCUUGGGACUGAGCUACUUUUGAGAAAGUAACAACAGUACAGUUACAGGUGUAAACCCUGUCACUGCUACUGUCUGCCACAAACACAAGUAUUGGUUACUGUUAUUCUAUUUUCGUUUUUGUUUUUACUUGUAGUUCUACAUAUCUCACAAAUGUCUUAAAGACACGUUACUUUACUUUCAAGUCAUCCUCAGGCUGCAUUCUGUGUGUGUGUGUGUGUGUGUGUGUGUGUGUGUGUGUGUGUGUGUGUGUGUGUGUGUGUGUGUGUGUGUGUGUGUGUGUGUGUGUGUGUGUGUGUGUGUGUGUGUGUGUGUGUGUGUGUGUGUGUGUGUGUGUGUGUGUGUGUGUGUGUGUGUGUGUGUGUGUGUGUGUGCUUUGGCUGAUAAGUGUAACAGCAUCUGAGAUGUCCGGAGCGCUUUGACCAACUUGAUUCUGUAUAUCUGACCUUUUUAUAAACACGGCGCUCAUGCAAUAUGUUAAACACCCGACAUAAAACAAACACACUCUUCCUUUUAGCUCCCAGCUCUUAAACAAUAUGGCUGUCCAAUGAAAUAAUAGCGUUGUGGGAAGGAGGGAUCGGGGUGAAAGCUAUUCAUGUCCUAUCUGUAAUACGGCUUAAUAUCCGCAUAUUGUACAUUCCAGAGUUUGACACCGAGAAAAGAAGAAAUCUGUGCACAUUUAUAACAUAUUUUCCAAGUGAUUUUGUUUACAAGAGCUGUAUCCUUGCAUGAGCUGAGAUUCUUUCCAAAAAAAAUGAAUAAAUAUCUUUAUUUACUGUCA